AUGAGCUUUCGAGAUGGCAUAAUUUUUAAAAUAGCAUCACCUCAUACCGAAAAAAUAUACAUAGGAUGUUCGAGUCUCCCACUAAAUCGGGCGGUUUCGGGGCUUCGUGCGAGCGCGAAGUUUCGCAAACUCUCGUGCAACAUACUUUUCCAGGCGGGCGAUAUCCAAAGCGAAGUAUUGGAAAAGUUCCAGAACAUUACCGUUCUCGAAAUGCGAAAGAAACUCGGCGCAAUACAGACACAAUACCUCGAAAAGUGCGUCAAUACAAACAGAGCAGGGCGAACGAACGCAGACAGAUACAGAGAAACAAAAAGGCAACUCGAAAUGUACAGAGAAAACAAAGACAUGUUCAACAGGAAACACGCUCUGAAGAAUAUGCGAAUCAGGGGCUUACCGCCGAGACCUUCGACGAUACUCAAAUACAACAUCACGGAUGAAGAAAUCGCAGACUUAAGUAGUAUAUACAAAAUGGAAACUGAACGAAAGUUGUUGAAAAUCCCCUUAGGCUUCCGAUCCAAAAUACCCAGGCGAGGUAUUUACGAAUACCAACUUCCCGAGAACUUUGCAAAACAUAACGCCUUGUGUAAGAGAGACGAGAACUACGGCAUACUGAUGGGUAAACCGAAUAACGCGAUAUGCUUAGACUACGACAUUUACGACCCAAACUGUAAGGACAAACAAAAAUACACGCUCGAGUAUUUUAAGAAAGUGUGUGGUGACGAUGUUUACAUUUCCAGGACGCCGAGCGGUGGAUACCACGCGGUCUUUCGAUACGAAGCUCGAUUUGAUACGUGGAAGAACGCGACGAAAAUCAACGGGUUCAUAGAUAUAAGAACCACAGGCGGGUACAUUUGUGGAAACGGAUGUGAGACAGAAAAGGGUUCUUACUGUCGUCUUAACGGGAACAUUUUGAAACUCACAAAUAUGCCCGACACUUUAUACGAUAUGGUUGAGGAGAACGCCAACUUCGCAAAUCGGGAAAGAACAGAAACUAAACCAAUGCACCAAAAUAUCGAGACACAAGGAAUCUCAGGCGAUAUCAACACCGGGUUACAACACCUUGGAUUCUCGGGCAUAUAUUGGACGACAAGCUAUGGUUUCAAGUGCGACCAAAACGCAGGAGAGUGUCCUUUGUGUGGGAAAGUUUCACACUUCUCGAACAACUUUCGCGUCACCAAACACGAAUCAACCGGCGAUUGGUACGUCGCCAACUUUAGCCGCGAAUCAUCCAAAAAAGAAGCAAACGUUUUACAAACGUACGAAGAAUUGAAGAUUGAGUUUGAGAAUCACGCGUGUCGCGUUGAUGAUGUCUUAUUGUAUCCAGUACUGGAUACCAAAAAUGAACGCACACUGUACACUUUACUCCAACUGAAGGAGCGGUUUUCACACUUGAAAUAUUCGGAGGGGAAAACAGAACACAAGUUCGUCCAAGAGUGGGCGGACGACCCGAACAAGAAAGCGUUCAGAAAAAUGGACGUCGUGCCUAAGGACUGUCCUCCCGACGUGUAUAACUUAUGGGAAGGAUACGACAUAGAGAAGAAGAAAAUUGCGUCAGAGGAAACGGGGGACACCCAACCCUUUCUCGAUUUGCUUUGGGAUAUGAGCGGAGGAGAGGAAAGUGUGCAAGAGUAUCUUUUGAAGUGGAUUGCUUUUCUAUUUCAAAAUCCCGAGAAGAAACCGAAGACAGCGUUGGUAUUCCAAUCGAAGGAAGGAAGUGGGAAGAACGAGUUUUGGGGGUUCGUUGGUAAACUUAUGGGGAAGGCGACGUAUUUGGAAACGUCCAACGCCGAGAGGGAUAUUUUUGAAAAGCAUAGUUUGGCACUUCAAGGACGUAAACUUGUUUUCAUAAACGAGAUGAAUAAGAAUAUACACAAAAAUUACGAGGACCGAAUGAAGGGUUUGAUAACAGACGUUUCGCUCUAUUUGCGUCCACUUCACAAACAGUCAUUCGAGGUUGAUAACUUGGCAGGGUUCAUACUCGCAGGCAACAGUCGUCUCUUAGUUUUGGUGAAGAAAGAGGAGCGACGUUUUGUUUUGGUCGAAGUCCGUGGUGGCUAUUUGCCGAACACACCUAACCAUAAACCGUUUUGGUCGAACUGGUUUCGAUGGAAGAACGAGGAGCAGAACCAACUCGCCGUGUAUAAGUACCUGAUGAGUAUAGAGACGAGCGAGGAGUAUAUCAUCACGAGGCGUCCGAAAACGCGGUACUAUCGAGAGACGAUCCAAAAGUGUCUCCCUCCUGAAAUCAAGUGGUUGGAACACUUUGUUUGCGAAGAGUUCCCGCAGACGUUCUGUUCUAAGAACAGAGGUUUGUAUAAAUUACACCCAACGUACGACUCCAAAGUUUCUUCGGGUACCCUCGUAUCGAGUUAUACAGCUUUUAUUCGGGGCUGGAAAAUGUCGGAACCGACGGAUGCGCAGUUUGGGAACAAAAUAAAAGAUAUGGUCGAGCGUGAAGGUUUGCCUUUCACGAAAGGAAGGAACGAAUAUGGACGCGUCGCCUGGAUAUUCUCGAGACGUGGUGUGUAUGAUUGGCUGACAGAAAAGGAAUACACGGAAUACCUAUUGGGAAACGAAGACGACGAGUACGGUGGAAUGACACCUCCGGUGAGAACGGAGUACUAG